CGAGCACUGACAGGCGGUAUGGCCCUCAGCUCGGCCCGCUUCCCCCCUCUCCUGCUGCUGACCCUCGGGGUGGCGGUGGGGCUCAGUGAGCUGGCGCCGCCGCCAAUGGUGGGCCUGGCGAGGCUGAGCCGGAGCCUGAGCCUGAGCCUGAGCGGCGGCAGCUCGGCCCAGGCCGCCAGCAAUGUCACGCGGGGCGGCAAGGCAGGAGGCGAAGGCGGCAAUAGCAGCCUGAGCGGCUCCUCGGGGGCGGCCGGGCCCGGUGGUAAGAGGAAGAAAGAGGGCGACUUCUCGGCCAUGCCGUUCCACGAACAGACCAUGAUGAUCCAGCGGGCGCUGUACGUGCUCAUCGUGGUCACCGCCUUCGUGAUUAUCUAUUUCGUGGUCAGGACCGUUAGGAUGAGAAGAGUUAACAGAAAAACGCGCAAGUAUGGUGUGCUGAAUACACAUCUAGAAAACAUGGAGAUGAGACCUUUAGAUCAGGAAGAUGAUGAGGAGGACGAUACACUAUUUGAUGUGAAUCAUUCAAGGAGAUAGAUGCUGUGAACUUUGCAGUGCACCUUUGAUCAAGACCUAAGCUACAAAGAUUCCAGCAAUAUAAAGAAAUUAUCUGCACUUUGCUAUAUUGGAAUGGGUUCCAAAUCUAUGUAUUGUAUGUACUGUAAGUUAUUUCUGUACAGUAGUUUUGUAUCUCUACUGUCCUAUGAAGAAGGUACUAUUUUAAUAUAUGGGCAAAUGUGUUUUUUUUGCUUCUGAUUAUAUGUGCAAUGAAAAUGGAGUAUGUAGGUUUUAAUUCUGUCUGUAAAGAUAUAGAAAGAAUUAUUACUUUUANUUUUUUUAAAUAGGAGAGCAAAUGGAAAUGUUUCUAAUUAUUAUGUAUGUACACAUAAUUAUUCGUCUAGAUUUGGCCUGGAACAAUAUGGCAAUUGGAAAGUCUGCUAAAAGUUCAGGGAAAUUAUACAGUACGAUUGGAGUCAGCCUUGAAGCCUAAGUUUAGGGUCAGAGUUCAAGGGUAGCAAUGGUCAAGUAAUUAGAAUUAAAAAGUUGCCUAAGUAGAGUCCAAAGAUAGACUUGAGAAGAUUAGAAAUAUUCUUGAAGCUUGUAACAGUUUUGUAUUCGUACUAACAGUAACUAGUUUUAAUGAAUUUAGUGUAAUUUUAAUAAUCCUUUCCUAGGAAAGUUGAGCCACACACUGUGCUAAUGCAAUGUGUAGAAGUUAAAGUUCUCAUAUACUGUGUACAGAAUCUAUAUAGAUUUGGGGAAUCUGGAAAUGUGUUUACAAAAUUCACUCCUAUAAUGAUCAGUCUUAAUGAUUUUUUUUCCUUUAUGCAAAUGUGAAGUAGGUAUUAAAUAAUUGAAAGGUUACUUAAAUGUCAAUCAAUGCCUUUUAGAUAUUUUUCUGUAUGAGUAUUGAGUAAAUAGUUUGUUUUUGUCAUGAGAAUUUCUGGCAAAGACUGUUAUAAGAUGUUAUUAUAAUGGUAUUUGAGUAACUGCAUCAUAAUGAUUACAAGUGUAAUCAAAUGUUUCAAAGUAAAUUCUGAAGACCUGUUAUGUUGGGAUAUGUUGCUUGUACUGCUAAAAGAAAAAAAAAGANUUUUUUUAAUAAAACACUAAUAAAUA